AGCAAAUGUUCCCCGACACAAUUCUAUAAUCGUCGUGUGUUAUAAAAUGUCAUCAAAUGAUAAAAUAAAUCCAAAUAUGUCGGAAAAUGCGGAUCGAAUAAAUAAAACUAUAGGUGACGUACAGUGUGUUAAAAAUAAAGGUGAUUUUAUUCAUAAAAGCGGGCCCAAGAUUCACGAAAGUACAGAGAUUAAAGUUAAAAGCGCUAUUCCUAGGAGAAGACAGGAUCUGUUGAAAUGGUACGGCUGGGGCUACCAGGACUCCAAGUUUCAGCUCGUCAACGAAAAGGCCACAUUUACUGGAGACAGGUAUUUAAUUGGAGGAAAACAUUUGCCACACUUACUGGAUUUCGCCAAAGAAAAGUUCGACUUGGACCUGACACAGCCACCCAAGAUACCUGCCCUGCCCACCACGUUUCCACCGAGCAUCCUUUCUGAAUCUCAACGCAAGGAGUUGGAGAGUAUAGCAGACGUCAGCACAGAAGGCUUGGACCGACUGAUGCGGUCUCACGGCCAGACCCUACACGAAGUGUCCAACUUGAGGAACGGCACCAUGCCGAGGAUACCUGAUGCUGUCGUGUGGCCAGAGAAUCAUGAUCAGGUAGAGCAAAUAGUGAGAUGUGCGUCGACACACAAGCUGGUGAUAAUCCCAUUCGGCGGUGGAACUUCUGUGUCCGGCUCCAUCUCGUGUCCCGAGCGGGAGACCAGAGCCAUCGUGGCCCUGGACACCAGCGCCAUGAACUCCAUACUGUGGCUUGACAAGGAGCAGCUGCUUGCUAGAGUCCAGGCAGGUAUUGUCGGACAGGACCUGGAGAGAGAGAUGAGGACCCGCGGGUUCACCGUGGGCCACGAGCCCGACUCGUACGAGUUCUCGACCCUGGGCGGCUGGGUCGCCACCCGAGCGAGCGGCAUGAAGAAGAACACGUACGGGAACAUUGAGGACCUCGUGGUACAGACCAAGAUGGUGACUCCCACCGGCGUCAUAGAGAAAGGGAGCUGCGCGCCGCGAGUGUCGUGCGGCCCGGAGUGGGAACACGUGGUGCUGGGCUCCGAGGGCUGUCUGGGAGUCGUCACAGAGGACCUGGCCUUGGAGUACGGCGUGGUGGCGGAGUCGUUCGAGACCUCAGUCCCGUGGGAGCGGACUCUGGCGCUGUGCCGGAACACCAAGCGGCGCCUGCGGGACGAGUGCCGCGCCCGGAACAUCUCCCACUAUCUCAUCUCGUGCAGACUCACGCAGACAUAUGAUGCCGGCUGCUGUAUUUACUUCUACUUCGGGUUCAACUCGCAAGGGUUGGCGGACCCCGUGCGGGAGUACGAGCUGAUCGAGGAGGCGGCGCGUGACGAGAUCAUCGCAUCUGGAGGUUCAAUAUCCCACCAUCACGGCGUGGGCAAGCUGAGGAAGAAGUGGUACACGCAGGCGGUGAGCGAGCCAGGCCGGCGGCUGCUAGUGGCGGCUAAGACCACGCUCGACCCUGACAAUAUAUUCGCGCUGAACAACAUGGUGCUGGAGCAGCCGGGCCCCGGCGAGGGGGCAGCGGGGGUGGCCAGGAGCAAGCUGUAGAUAUAGAUGUGACCGUCCAGUGGUCUGACCAUAUUGUGUUUAGGUUAGAAGGGCUGUAGACGUUCAACGGUAACCCGGACGCUAAUAAUGGUUCAUGAAGUCAUCACCUGAUCAGGAUACUUGAAACAAUCACCUCGAUCGAUCAAAUCUUGGUAGUUACUAGUACAAAAGGUUCAAAAAGACUUAAGUUAAGUAUAAUAAUAUGUACCAACUCAAAAAAAUAUACAACUGACCAAAUAUGCAAACAAUUAAUGUUAUUUUCCACAUUUAUUAUUUACAUGAUAAUUUAUGUAUAAGUUAGUAUGUAGCUCACCAGUAAGUACUAUAUUUGAAUAAAAUAAUUCAGCCUUCAGGAGUUAAAGGUAAUUGAUGAUUGGUCACUUAUUUCAAUUCCAAUUAUUUAUUUAUUGUAUAAAGAGGUUACCUGAUAAGAACUAAUCAAUGUUUUCAUUUAAAUUACUUAUAACUUCUAGUUUUUUUUUAAUUUUAUUUGAUUCUAAAAUAUAAACUAAAAUAUUAAAGUAUCAAAUAAAAUACAAGGACUAGUAGGUAGUAGUAGUAACUAACAGGUUUCAAAGCACGGGUCACCCAUUUCAUUUUUAAGUGUUUUCUCUGUUUAUAUAUACAUAUAUAAGUAUAUAUGUUAUACCUACCCUAAAACCGAUGAACUGAACGCUUUCAUGGAAGACUCAUUUUGGUACCUUCGUUCAUUAAAUUAUACAAAGUUCAUCUUUAUUUAAACAGGACUGUUCAUUACCACCUAUUAACUAUAUAAUAUAACUAGCUGACCAGACAGACGUUGUUCAGUACAUAAUAAAUAAAAUACUGUUCUUGAUGAAUUUGUCAAUAAUUUUUCAUUGUAACAUAUUAUGCUCCUUGUUAUAAUAAAAUUAUUUCACAGCAGAACUGUCACACCGUGCGUCAAUAAAUUCUCUCACAGAAAAUAUGUCCAUACAAAACAAAUAUUGGAAAUAAAAAUAAUUAUGGGUCCCAAAUCGAAAUUAAAACUAUCCUAUCUCUCAAGUUGGACUAAACUGCACUGCAUGAAGUAAUCCCCAUUAAAAUCCGUUCAUUAGUUUAGGAGUCAAUCGCGGACAAACAACGUGUCACGUAAUUUAUAUAUAUUACUAGCUGACCUGACAGACGUUGUUCUGUAGAUAGUAAAAAAAAUACUGUUUUAUAGGAAUUUGCCAAUAAUAUUUCAAAACAUCAAAAAUUAUUUCGUAAAUAAUGCUCCCUGUUGUUACAAUGAAAUUGUUUCACAGCGGACCUGUCAAACCGUGCGUCACUAAAUUCUCUCAUAAAAAAAUUAUGGACCCCAAAUCGAAAUAAAAACUACCCUAUUUCUCAAAUUGGACCAAACUGCACUCCAUGAAGUAAUCCCCAUUAAAGUAAUCCCCAUUAAAAUCCGUUCAUUAGUUUAGGAGUCCAUCGCCAAUUUAUAAUAUAUAUUAAGAUAAGAUAUUAAAUUUAAUAAAAUUAUUAUUUUAUAAAACAUGCAGAGGAAUGAAUUAUAUACCUUAUCAAAGUAAAAGUAACGCCUGACUCUUUUUUAACAGCAAAGUGUUGAAAACUAAAAUGUAAUAUGUACUAUGAUUAUCUAUUUAUUCUGUAAUUUUAAAUCAUUCUGUUAUCAUAGUAUCAGGCUUUUUGUUUCUUAUUUGACAAAUAUAGUCGCUGUCAUAUUUUAUUCACAUCAAGGAUCGAGUGUGACCAUGUGUCUGCGUUGUAGAGACGUCAUCUUCAUUAGUCAUAUUAGCAGAUAUUAUUGCAUAAAAGUGUUUUUGGUCGACCAAUGUGCAAAUGAGAGUGCAGUCGUCGAGUUUUCUUCUCACCGGCUGUGUGAGGGCGGAAGGAGGGUGUCAUUGCGGUGCCCUAUACCCUGGCACUUCUUCUCCCAAGACGUUGGGAGAGUCAUUGGGUAUACUUGGUCGUCGCUACAUGCUGGGGGCACAUCGGUAUGUGUUUUUGUUGUGAUUUUGUGUUUUUUUUUUUCUGUUUUUUUUUCGUUUUCCCUUAGCUUGUAGCUUAGGCUGUCAGUCUGUCAGUUUUCGUCGUUUUCGAGGUCUUGUGGAGUUUUCGUCCUCCUCUUCAAUUAUACAGUCCCUGGAAUACGCCUUCAUUUUUCUUCUACCCUCUUCAUCCGGGGGUCUUGCGUGUAGCGGGGCAAUUCCCACCAGAUGUGGGUGUGAAGUGGCAUCUGUUCGCCGGAACAUAUCUGUUGUAAGCCUUCGUACGAAGGCGUCUAUAUUUUCAAUCCUUAUCUUUGGCGAUCGUUGCGUUUCGUACGUAAAGCGGUGCCCCCACUAUGGCACGCAACGCCAGGUGUUCUUGUGCUUGCAGGCGAUCCCGGUUCCACGUGGUAAGAAAGGGAUACCAAGCUGCUGCUGCAUAGGUUAGUCUGGACCGUAUGUACGUUUUAUAAAUCAUUAAUUUUGUUCCUAGUGGCUGCUUGGACCGAAGGAUGGGUAGUAGUUUGGCGCGGGUUCCCCUCGCCAUCCCUAUGGCUUUAUCUAUGUGCUUCUUAAAGCUGAGUCUCCGGUCAAUGGUUACUCCCAGGUAUUUGACGUCCGGCCUCCAUGUGAGUUCAUCCGACAUCAGCUUCAAGGGUGAGGGUAGUUUCGUAUUCCGUGAUGAUCGCCUGCGUUUUCGCCACAUUCACCACGAGUCUCCAUUUGUUUAGCCAUUGGGGCAGAGCUUCUAGAGUGGUUGAGUGAAAUGAUCGCUUAAAUUAAAUUUCUAUCUACCUUCAUCUGGGGAGGUAACUGUUUUACG